AUGGUGGCCUGCACUAGAGUCGCCGCAGAGGGGAUGGAGCUGAAAUACUUAAGAGGCUGUGGGGCACUGAAGGACCAGGGUGGGCUUUCUCUUACUAUCUCCCGUACCCUACAGAUGCUCAACUCCAGACAGGAGAGUAAACCAAGGCCCGGAGGCAGGAAAAAAAAAAAUGUGCCUACAGGCAACAGUGUAGGCAAUCUUGAGCCCCCUGAAAGGAGAGUGAAGGCUUCUUUGUGUUCCGCGACAGCAGCUCUGAAAACUUAAAACGUCUGCAGUAGUUCCUUGGACCAGUGGAAACUAAAGGUACGAAUGGAGUCGCUGGGGAAUCAUGGACAACUUAAACAGCUGAAGGACAUUUGCAAGGUCAGGCAUCUGAAUCUGUUGAUUUACCCGUGGUGAGAACUUAGAAGAAAGUAGGUUGCUUCUGACCUAAAGAGCCUCCUCCCUCGCCAUCCCAGUCCUUUCUCUUUUCCAGCCUAA